CAAAAGUAAAUAUUACAAAGCGCCACCUAUACAUGUUUUCCUUGACAACAACAAUGGCGGACCAAGAGGAAGCUGCACCUGCGACAGAGACAACUGAAGAGACCACUGCUGGGACAGAUGAGACCCCAGCUGAACCACCAGCUCCUGAACAAGAAACUACUGAAGAACCAACAGCAGAGACUGUAGGUGAGGAUAAACCAGCUGAAACAGUAGAGGGGGAACAGACAGAAGACCAACCAACAGAACAACUUACCGAACAACCUACUGAAGAAUCAACAGAGGCGGACGGAGAACCCACAGAGAAGCAAGAGGGAGAAGAGGCUAAAAAGGAUACACAAGAUGAGAAACCAUCAACAGAAGGUGAGGAGGGUGAGCCAAAGGCAGAAGGUGAAGAAGCAUCUGAAGUGAUCGAAGAAUCAAAAGAGGGAGAAGAAGGAGUAGAGGUGAAGGAAGGAGAAGAGGGGGCUGAAGCUAAGGAAAAUGCAGACACUACUGAAACUAAAGAGGGAGAGGAAGGGGCUGAACCUAAAGAUGGAGAAGAAGGUGGUGAACACAAAGAGGGUGAAGAAGGGGCCAAAUCCCAAGAAGGAAUAGAAGAGGGAGAAAAACAAGGGGGUGAGGAAGAUACAGAAAAAACAGGAGAUGGUGAAGAGCGUGAAGGUGGAUCACCAGUCCCUCAGAGUGAUACAUUUGCUGCUGGUGAACGAGCAGAAAGCCCUAUUGGUGUUGGAGAGAAGUUAUCAAGAGAAGGGAGUCCUACUCAGGAGACUGAAGGGGUACCACAGCCAGACCCUGGUGUCCUUGAACCGGGAACACCAGAACGCUCAAGACCAUCUUCACAAGCUGGUGAACAUGAUACACACCUGGAAACAUUUCAGGAAGAACAAGAAGAGGAGGAAGAAGAAGAGGAGGAGGAGGAAGAAGAGGAGGAACAAGAACCAGAAUUUGACAGAGAAGCCUUGAUGGAAAAAUACUAUACCACAAUAUCUGAAAGAGAAAAGCUUCAGCAGCAGAAUUAUCAACUGCAACAUAAACUGGGAGAGCUAUUCCGUAAGAAGAAAGCAGAUGACAAUCGUCAAGAUUAUGACAAAAAUGCAAAUGAUCAAGAUUCAAAAUAUGUGAAAUACAUGGCACAACUGGAUGAGCUGCGUAGACAGGACAUGAUAGAGCGAGACAACUUUGAGGUGCAGAUUGAAGAACUGAAGGACAAAUGUGAGCACAAGAAAGAGAUGGUGGAUGAGGAAAGGAAGCGCUUCAUGGAGUUCAAAAAACAUGUUGCUCUCAAUUCUGUCAGCAACAGAUCUGGCAAACCCAUCCCACCUAAGGAUAUUGACCAGUACUUAUCUAAUGAAAUGAAGAAGGAGUUGGAAGUAGUGAACGUCCGUUUAGAAAACAUCAAACUCAAAAAUAAGCUCAAAAAGAAGGAGAUGCAGCUGAAAUCUAAGGAGGAACUGGCAGAGAAUCUUCACCUCAUUGAUUUUGAACAGUUGAAAAUCGAAAACCAAACAUAUAAUGAAAAAAUUGAAGAAAGGAAUGAGGAGCUACUGAAGCUCAGAAAGAAGAUCACCAGUACUGUGCAGGUAUUGACUCACCUCAAGGAGAAGCUGCAGUUUGUACAGGCAGAGAACCAGGUCCAGAAGACAACACUGAGGGAGGUCGAGUUUGAGGCUGCCAUGAAACGAGACAUAUUGUCAAGAACAAAGCAGGCCAGAGACGCACUGCGGAUAGACAACCAGAGGCUACGGCAGAACUGUGGCUUACUCGGCAAUGAGCCAUUGCUUCGUGAUUUCGAGGAGAGAAAAGACGAGGGAGAUGAUCUGAGACAAAGACUAGAAAGUUUGAAAAUGGAACAUGCAGAAUUAACAUUAAAUUGUAAUCAAGUUAGAAGGAAAAUAGAGCAAGCUAGAGCCUCCCAUGGAUAGGAACCAUCAACUCAUUCCACAGGUCUUUCAUCAAUCAUUUAAGCCAUAAGCAAAUAAUUGUACAAAUGUGUAUAUAAUCAUCAUGUAUAUAAAACAAAAAGAUAAAAUUACACUGAUCAUGAUGUAGUAAAUCAGAUUGAUUGUUC